AUGACGGGCGACGACUUUCUCGAGCGUCUGCAGCACGAUGUCAAGGCCUUUGGUCACAAAACUAUUGGCUAUUUUGCCGGCAUCGCCCUCUUGAUCAAUAACAUCACUGGGCCAGGUGUGCCCAGCCUGGCCAACAUGUUUGCUGAAUCGGGUUGGCUCAUCCCCACCUUGGUCUUCCUUGCCGUAUGGCUCAUGUCAAGCAUCUCGACCACCAUGUACUGCGAGGCCAUGCGUCGCAUUCCCCACAACGAACACUUUCGCCAACGCGUCGAAUACACCUCGGUUGUCAAAUACUACUUUGGUACCAAGGCAUACGUCGCAGCACAGAUUGGUCUCUCGGGUGCCCUUCAAUCUCUCAACAUCAUCAGCGUUGUACAAUCGGCGCAGGUAAUGGAUAAUGCCAUCUCUGCCAUCUUUCACAAGAGCUGCGGCCUCAAUCUCAGUCCCUUUCCCGUCCACUUUGCCAAUGCCUCCCUACCCGCUGCCACCGAGUUUUGGAGUUGCAUCGACACGAACCAUGUCGAUGUCGACGGCAAUGCCUGGGGCUGCCAUGUCGUCCUGACCGCCGGCUAUCUCUUUGCAUUGCUCCUGACCGUGCCCAUGGGCUACUUUAAUCUGGAUGACAACAUGAUUGUCCAGGCCGGUGUCAUUGGAACCGUGCUGUUCAACUAUGGAUUUGUCACGACGGUACCAUCUUUUAUCAAUGAGAAGAAGCCGCACGUGAGCGUCAACAAGGUCACAUGGGUCGCCACCUUCAUCUGCGUGGUGGUGUUUAUGGUCAUGGGACUGCCGGGGGCCUUUGCCUUUCGCCGGCACCUGGCAGGGCCUGCCACGGGUGUGUGCGAGGCAGAUCCCACUGGCGCUAAAUGCGCCAGCUCCCUCAUGGACAUUUUCACAACCGAGGGACUGGCACCGGCCGUGCUGAGCGAGAAUCGGGUGGCUAGUGGCAUAAUGCAGACCUCGGUCUACCUGUUCCCGAUUGUCGCCAUCCUUUCCAGCAUUCCCGUCUUCUCCAUCGUCAUCAAGUACAACAUGCUCGAGAACGGCUUUUCAAAGGGCUUUAGUAGCUUCUGGGGUGUCAUCUUUCCUUGGGUUGUGGCCUUGCCCUUGCUGUACCAACCCGAUGCGCUGAACCAGUUUAUCACCUUCUCCUCGCUCAUCUUUGUCUCGUUUACGGAUUUCAUCGUUCCAUGGGCGUUGUACAUGGUGUUGCAAAACAAGCAUGACCAUGCUCUCGAUCAGAACUAUGAUGAGGACUGGAGCAACGACCAUGACAACAACCUGUGCGCGGGCAUUCAGGACGUGGAAGAUGAGGAAUCAGCUCUGCUACCGCUUACGAAGAAGGCGCCAUUCUACAUUGCGGAGCACUUUGCUCUGCCUCCUAGCUGGAAUCUUUCAAGCAGUACGUUUGGCGCUCGUAACACGGUCCUUGGUCGCGCCUGA